AUGAACAAUUCGAUCGGAAUCGCUCUUCUGCUCCUCUUCGCUUCUGCGCAAUCCGUCGCUGGCGUCAAACGGAACAGCCCCGAUGUGCUGAGCAACCGCGACCUCGUCAACAGUCUCAACAAGCAAAGACUUAUAGUGGCGAGACAAGAUCAAAUAGCAAACAUGCAUGAUGUGACUUACGACGACACUCUGGAGAAUAAAUUGAAAAAGAUGACUUGCGACGACUUGGCGUCUCCCGGCUCCGACUACGUCGUUUUCAAUUAUUUGGAUUUAAUUUUUCAAGAUUCAGAUCCCAUGAAAACGCCACAGUACCAUCCGCUUCAAACCAAGAUUGGAUGCGGACCCCCCGCCGCAGUGUGCGGUGACCAGCAUAUCAUGUGUCUCAUGGGACCAAAAAACUCCCCAGUCAAAGAGUCGGAUAUCAAGCAUGGAUCCCCCGGAACUGGAUGCUCUGGUGGUGAUGGAUCCAGUGGAUUGUGUAUGGGUGGUGGUGGUGGUGCUGUGAAGAAUCAAUCAGACAAGAAGUCAGGAGACAGUGAUGUGGAGUCGAAAGGAUCGAAGGAUGGCGAAGAAGCUGCAUCCUCUGCAGCCAUGCCAAUGGCUCUCUUGUCGCUUGCUCUUGGUAUUAUCAUGGCAUAG